CACUCUCUUUUCUUUUUUUCCUGAAAGUUCAUCCUGAAAGUCUUUGCUAAAAGCCAUAAUUUUAAAAGAGUGGAGGCCUCAAUAUCUUGUGAAAUAUGUGAAGCCACAGGGGAAAUGAAGGAACCACUGAAACAAUGUAUAGCUUGGCUUCAAGCUUAUUUCACUGAGCCCCAGUUAAUGCUGAAACUUCCAGUGCCUCCUUUUCACCAUCAACUCCUAGAACAAGCUUCAUUCACCAGAGAUGUGUUGUGGACUCUGCUGAGAGAUGUGAAAUUUGGAGAGGCAGUUUCUUACAAGCAAUUAGCAGCCCUGGCAGGCCACAGCAAAGCAGCCAGAGCUGUGGGUGGAGCAAUGAGAAGAAAUCCUGUCCCUAUUAUAAUACCGUGCCACAGAGUGAUUUGCAGCAGUGGACAGCCUGGCAACUACACGGGAGGAAGUCAUCUGAAAGAGUGGCUUUUGUCACAUGAAAAGCUUCAGAAGGAAAAGUUAACGUAUUGAUGCAGUUCAGGUACAGCUGUUACAGAGUGAAACCAGCACAUGAGCAAAGAUACUUUGCUUAUAACAAGCUUUCCAAACACACAGUAGAAUUCAGGGAAAUGGUAAAUAUUUGAGUGACAUAUAAAUAUAAUACAACAUCCGAAGCGAAAUGUGUGGUGGCACUACUAUAUUAAAAAAGCUGAAUGUGUCCUAGGGGAUACAGCUUGUAUGCCCUUUCUUGUUUUUACAUUUUGCAGCAGAAUGAAUACAGCGGACUGAGCCUGUUGUGCAUGUAUUUUGUUCCCAUCUCUGGUGCUGUUUUGUUCUAUUUUUAAUGUCCAUUAAAGCAAGGAUAAGGGAGUGGGAGGGACAUGGCAAAUGUUCGAUGGAACUGCCCCUCUAAGGAAGCAUCUGGCUCGCAGAGGGGACAACCGGGAAUCUGCUGCCUUUGCGUGCAUUCGGAGAACAAAAUUAAAGGCAGGAGCUUACACACAAACACAUACACAGAGACCUCCCUCUCCCACUGUUCCUGCCUGGAUUUGUAUUUGUCCAGAUUGAAAAGCUUGUGCCUCUGCCAGGCAGGCUGCCCAAGAUUUCCCUGUUUUCUUUGAUGUUUGAACUGUUGAAAUGAUGUUUUACGUAAACAGUUAUUAAUGAAACACACCCGAAGAGCCAUUCAAAAGGAAAUGGCUAUUGAAUUGCCUAUUCACAGUUUUUUCUUUCUAGAUGGUUUAGGAGAUGCGAAUAAAAAUAUUUAGUCUCUCUAAGCAUGGCUUGAUGUAGGCAGAAAAAUAAAUUCUGUUGAGAAGUUUAACACCAUGGUUUUAAUACAAUUAUGUAACCUAGUUAAAGAUAAUAGAUACUUUUGGCUGUCAUUUAGAAGUAUAUUUCUGUCUCAUUGUGUAGUCUUUUGCUCAGCAUUGCUCAGUGAUUCACUUUCUUAUGUUGAAACAUGUCAUACCAUAUGGUAGCUUAUGAAACAUGUCAUACCAUAUGGUACCUUAUGAAAAGAAUCAAAAACUACACAUUAUAGUAAACAUAUAAAGCUAAACCAGGAAAAAAUACACUCAGCCAAAGGAUAUUGAAGCUAAAAUUUCUAGUUAUUUAAAAAGAACUCUGAGAGUAAAAUAUUACAAACCACAAGAAGCUAAAAUUUUCACUACUGUAUGGGAUUCAUAAAUCAUAACAUGAAAAUACUGAUUUUUAUGCUUUUAUUACAUUCUUGAGGGAAAGCGUGCUGCUAACAAAAAUUAUUGUGUGGUGUUAUUUCAUUAAUGUAGUGUUAUUCAGAUGUUAGAAUUAUUUUACUAAAACCCGUUAUGCAUGUACACAUUGUCUGUGUAUAUAAAUAAAAUACUGUAUAUAAUAUCUUGAGAAAAUAAACUAUACCCUAUUGUACAAUAGAAGACUGUAUUUUAUCAAGAGUUUCUGGUGGCAAUGUAAACCAUGAAAGCAAGACUCAAGUGGUUUGUGUGUGUCACCAAAAGCCCAAGAUAAAAAUAUAACCUUAUAAUAUGUACACAGAGAGUGUAUUCUUUCUUGGGGGUGGAGUGGAAGAGUCAUAAUGUGUGAAUAUGAGCCAAAGAGAAUCACAGAUGCUGUAACUUCUGUAAACAUUCUUUUUCUUUUUUAAGGGCAACGGUGUGGGGGAGCAGAUUUUUCAGUUGCAAUAUUUCUUUGCUCUUCUCAAAAAUGAGUAGGUCAUACUUCUUUUUUUUCUCCUGUGUUUCCUACGUUUUCCUUAAACAGUAUGGUAAGAAACCAGAAAAUAUAAAUACUGGUGUUUGGGGAAGAAGAAAACCAAAUUGCAGAUGAUUUGGAACCUAAUUUAUCAGCCAGACCCUUGUUUUAUCUGUCAGACAAAAAACCUUGCCCUGAAUUUCUCCGUGGUUUGCCUUGUCUUUGAGGUAUCUCAAGGGAGUUCUAUAAAUGAGAAUUCUGUGGAAUAUUUAGAACUUCUCUUGGCUGAAAUGCCUUCUGUGUCAGGAUUUGAAGAACUCAGUCGUAGCAUAACCUCUUUUUCCUUCUUCUGAUACUAAAAGACCGAGUCAAGUUCAUUCUUUCUCACUGAAUUCAUUUGGACAUAAUCAGUAUCUCAUCCAGCUACAAAAAUUUAAGUGCAUCAUCUUAGCUCUGUGUCUUGUACACAUUGCCCUAUUUAGAGGAUGAGUUGUUCUGUGGAAAAAAGUUGCCCAGUAGAAGAAAAACAAGUAGGAAAAUUUAAAAGAAAUAACUCAGAAAACUUGAGUUUAGUUAAGCAGUCACUAAAAAGUAUUAGUGAGGGUUAGCGGUGAAGCAUUUAAAAGAAUGAUAAAAAAUUCAUUUGCAUGAAGAUAAAGAUUUUGUUGGCUGACUAACACAUUUUCACGAGCUGGUAUCUCAAUAUUUGUUUUGCUAUUGUAGGCCAAGCCAUUUAUCCUUUUGUCAGCAUGUGUUCCAACAGAGGGCACUGUAGCACACAAGAAUUUAGAUUCAUGUCUUCUACAAUGUGUUUAGGAGACACUCAUUCACUACUUUUUUUCCCCUGCUGUUUAAGAAUGAAUUUGAAAAUGAACAGCCAAGUUGAAAUCUCCUAGCUGCCUUAUUUGCAGUGCUUCAGACUGUCUGCCUCAGGAAUUAGCUGUCUGGUAGUAUUACAAGCCUACUAUCUUCAUCUCACAUAUGUAUUGUGAAAAAUACUACCGUUCCUGAGUAAGACGAAGAACAGCUUUUCUUUGCUGUAAUUUCAGAGAUUGUUAAUGAUGGCCAGGCUACAUCUUGGCAUGACCACUAAUGAAGGGGGUAGUGAGAGUAGAACCUCUAGGGAUUUUUCAUAGAAAGGGAAGAAUCCACUUACUGUUCAUGUGUGCUUUUAGCAUUCUUUCCAUGUGCUGAAAGUACUUGUGCCUCUCUAUGAUGUCUUAAUAAGUGUGCAAUAUCUUUAAUCUGGCAUGACUUAGUGCUUGCCGUACUUAAACGCUUAGCCCAAUCUAAUUGAGGAGUAGUUUGCA